AUGUAUCGUAUCAGACAAUAUUUCAACAAGCAAUUAUUGCUAAAACGUAAACAACAACAACAACAACAACAACAGCAUCGUCACUUUACUCAUAAAGACGACAAUGAUAGCGAAUUUAUUGGAUGUAUUCCGGUUGAUAAAAUUGAGAAACGAUUUAUGCGAAGUAGUGGUCCUGGCGGUCAGAAUGUUAAUAUGGUGAAUACAAAAUGUCAAAUACGAUUUAAUUUAAAUGAAGCGGACUGGUUGAGCCCGAAAAUUCAAGAAAUAUUCCGGAAACGUUUUGUUCGAUUGCUCAAUAAACAACAUGAUGUUGUAAUUUCAUCAGAUAAAUCAAGAAUUCAGGCAGAGAAUCAAGAAGAUUGUUUUAAAAAGUUGCACGCUAUGUUACUAGAAUGCAACAAAGAGCUAUUGGAUAAUAGACCACCUACAGAUCAGGAUAAAGCAGUUAUGGAUAAUAGAAUGAGAAGAGCAGCACAGCGAAGAUUAUAUGCAAAACGUAUCCAUUCUGAGAAGAAGAAAAAUCGAGAUCCAUAUGAGUUUAUUUGA